AUGUCUCUCACAAACAAACUCGCCAUCACCGACGUUGAUGUCAAGGACAAGCGUGUCCUCAUCCGAGUCGACUUCAACGUUCCCCUCGAUGCCAACAAGAACAUCACCAACAACCAACGUAUCGUUGGCGCUUUGCCGACCAUCAAAUACGCUAUUGAGAAUGGAGCAAAAUCCGUAAUCCUCAUGUCCCACCUUGGUCGUCCUGACGGCAAGGUCAACCCCAAGUACAGCUUGCAGCCUGUUGUCCCCGAGCUCGAGAAGUUGCUGGGUCGCAGCGUUAUUUUCACCAACGACUCUGUCGGUCCCGAGGUGGAAGAGACUGUCAACAAGGCAUCCGGUGGCCAGGUGAUCCUGCUGGAGAACUUGCGAUUCCACGCCGAGGAGGAAGGCAGCUCCAAAGACGAGCAGGGCAACAAGGUUAAGGCUGACAAGGCCAAGGUUGCGGAAUUCCGCAAGGGCCUCACUGCUUUGGGAGACAUCUAUAUCAACGAUGCUUUCGGCACCGCACACCGUGGCCACAGCUCCAUGGUCGGAGUUGAGCUUCCCCAGAAGGCAUCCGGUUUCCUUGUGAAGAAGGAGCUCGAGUACUUUGCCAAGGCCCUCGAGGACCCCCAGCGACCUUUCCUUGCCAUCCUUGGAGGCUCCAAGGUUUCAGACAAGAUCCUGCUCAUCGACAACCUUUUGCCCAAGAUUGACACCCUGAUUAUCACCGGCGGAAUGGCUUUCACUUUCAAAAAGACUCUCGAGAAUGUGAAGAUCGGCGGCAGCUUGUUCGACGAGGCUGGCAGCAAGAUUGUCGGCGAUGUGAUUGAGAAGGCCAAGAAGCACAACGUCAAGGUUAUCUUGCCUGUCGACUAUGUCACCGGCAGCAAGUUCGGCGCUGAUGCCGAAGUUGGAUACGCCACCGAUGCCACUGGCAUCCCCGAUGGCUGGCUCGGCUUGGACGUUGGCGAGAAGAGUGUUGAAUUAUACAAGACUGCUAUUGCUGAAUCUAAGACUAUCCUCUGGAACGGUCCCGCCGGUGUGUUCGAGUUGGAGCCUUUCUCAAAGGGCACCAAGGCUACCCUGGACGCUGCUGUGAGUGCGGCUCAAUCGGGCACCAUUGUCAUCAUUGGCGGUGGUGACACUGCCACGGUCGCCGCCAAGUACGGCGUUGAGGAUAAACUAAGCCACGUGUCUACUGGUGGUGGUGCCUCUUUGGAACUCCUUGAGGGCAAGGAACUGCCUGGUGUUUCUGCUCUAUCAAGUAAGUAA